AAAAAAAAAGAUUUCAUUUUGAAAACCUCCAAAUUCUCCCAUUAAGUAGAAAUUUUUCGGUUUUCUGAAUUCGUUUGGGCAAUAUUCCGAUGGGACGGGACUGUUAAAAGGGGAAAUAUUUGGAGACUUUUGGAAGAUUCUGGUUCUGGGAGUUGAGGGGUUUUUACAGAAACUCAAUGACCAUUUGAGCUUGGUUUUCAAUUCUUGGUUAGCCACACUUAUCGCCUCUCCUUUCUCCUAAAUGGCGCUGCAACAUACACUAGGUUUACCGUCUCUGGUUUUGCCUUCUUCCAAUUGCAAAUUUGAAGGGGGUACUUUAUUUGUGCCAACGAAUUCCCAAACAAGCAGUGUUCUUUCUUCAUGGAAGUUAGAGUGUUCUUAUGCUUCAUCCAUCUCUUUGAUGAAGUUUCCUUCCCAGGGUAGUUGUUUUAGAAGCAGCACUCUAAGGGCCUAUAAAACUGCAGGGUCACUCAGGUCUGGUGAUGGAAAGAAGAAGAAAGGACAAGUAGAUAUGGACUCCGAUGAGGAAGAUGAUUCUUCUUCAGAAAAGCAGCAAGACCUUGAGCUUAUGGAUGCUGAGGAGAGACGGGAAUGGAGGGAGAAGAUUAGGGAAGUGAUUGAUAUGAACCCCAAUGUUGAGGAGGAGAUAGACAACAUGGAAAAGAGAAGGAUGAUGCAAAAACUUCUCGCUGACUAUCCUCUUGUUGUGGACGAGGAGGAUCCUGAUUGGCCCGAGGAUGCUGAUGGUUGGGGUUUCAACUUGGGUCAGUUUUUUGAUAAGAUCACCAUCAAAAAUAAGAAAAAGGAUGAUAAAGAUGAUGAUGAUAAAGAUGACACUGAUAAUGAAAUAGUUUGGCAAGAUGACAACUACAUUCGUCCAAUUAAGGACAUAACAAUUGCUGAAUGGGAGGAGGCUGUGUUCAAAGAUAUUAGUCCACUAAUCAUAUUUGUACAUAAUCGCUACAAAAGGCCAAAGGAAAAUGAAAAAGUUCGUGAGGAGCUGGAGAAUGCUGUCCACAUAAUAUGGAAUUGCAAUCUACCUUCGCCAAGAUGUGUUGCCGUCGAUGCCGUCGUUGAAUGCAACUUGGUCUCUGCUCUUCAAGUGUCCACCUUUCCAGAGAUUAUCUUCACUAAAGCAGGGAAAAUCUUAUACCGUGAGAAGGGAUUUGUAAGUGCAGAUGAGUUGUCCAAAAUAAUGGCAUUCUUCUACUAUGGAGCAGCUAAGCCACCAUGUUUAAAUGACAUUGGGGAUUAUCAGGAGACGAUCCCAUCAGUUUCUAUCGAUGCUUAAUUGUACCAUAAAAGGAUAGGGUAUGAGCUAGUUUAAAAGAAACUUGAAAUGUAAAGUAUGCUCUUUUUGAUCUGUUGUAGAUGAGAAAUUUCAGUCCAAUCAGUUUGUUGGGGCCAAAUAUUUUUGGAAAGGCCAAAGAACAUCAGUUAUACAACUUUAUGAGCUGUUUAAGGGUAUUUCAGAAAUAUGAGAUGCAUCAUAACUUAAGAUGACAGCAACAAGAGCAGGCAGUUGAUUAACUCCUGUCAUUAUGUUAUUUUGUUCCUAUUAUUAUUUAUACUAUGUGCCUUCACUUUUA